CACCUGUGUUCCAGAUAAACGUCGUAGUGCCUUCCUCUCCUUUUAAUUAUUAGCUAGCAUAUAUGGAUAUGAACCCCUUAUAUCGUCUGAUCACCCCAUAUGCAGUUGGAUAUUUGCAUUUUAACUGUUGGAGAUCCUUUCAGCUAUAUGAUUCCUUGUACAUAUGUAUGUAUGUACAUAUACGUGACUUAUCAGUGGUUGAUUACUAAGCCGUUGAUACUGAAGAGGAACUCGUGUAUUAUACAUAAUAUAUAAUGCCACAAACACACCCCUUUACCUGUUGCAUACGCUUUCCCCAAGACAAUAUACCCGUUUCUGAGCGAGUAAUUGAAAUAGAGCCCAGUACGAACCCUUAUUUUGACAACAGCUGUAGCAGAGGUUGCAUACGAUAUGCGUACUCAUAUGUAGUAUGGAUUGCGUUCCCAUAGAUGCCAUGGCAAUGGCAUGCAGGUCUAGGGCAGUGCCAAAACAGACGACGAAAGCAACUAUCAAAUGCCGUUCAAGGCCGUUUCGAAUUGCGUGGCAGGCAGAACAUGUUCCACACAUCGGUGUGUGUAUUGUUAUUAACCAGCUGAUGUGCGUGUGUGUGUGUGUGUGUGUGUGAGCCUUCGGAAAGGGUGCGCACAUCCACAUCCCAAGUGCGCAAACCCAAAAAUUGCAAGCUUUUCGAAUCCAGGAAAACAAUACAAACGGCAUAUUCGGUCAUUCAGGCAGGCAAAUUGUCAAAUGAGCACCGGUUACUUUAAUCCUUAUUGAGGUUAUUAUGUGUUUUAAUAAAUAGCUACUACCCUAGUUAUUUUGCCGUUGCAAAUGCAAUACGAUAAGAUACUCAUCUUCUAAGAAACGUUUUUAUAUUUACCCAUUAAUAUUAUCAUUACGAAGCAUGAGUAUCAUUUCAUCAUCAUCCGGCAAAUUUGGAAAUCACCUACGAAAGCCCUUAGUCGUAUAUUUACUCCUUUCCCUACCCUUACUACCAUAUUAUAACGAUAAUGAGCCAGAGAUGAUGGUGGGUCAAAGUACACUGAAGAAAAUAAUACGUUCAGCAAGCAAAAUAGGUUCUGUACCAUUACUACCGCUCUCUCUGCUUUUUGGAUGCAGAUGGAAAGCGCACAAAUUGAAAGUCUGUUUGGGAUGAGAAGAUCAGAGAUGCAAAACGUCAUAUGCAAAUUUCGUAUGAGCGCGAGGAAGCUGCUCCUUUUCUCUCAGUGUGACAGAGAGAGUGAGAGAGCGAGCGGCCGGUUUAGGUGGAGGCAAGUGGGCAGGGAGCAUGAAAUUGAGAGAAAACAAGGAUAAACAAGCCGAAGGAUAUGGGACGACACUGUUGCUUCGCAAGUGUGUGUGCACGUCCUGACCGCGUGCACACACGUCGUGUGCCCGUGUGUGAGUGUGCGAGCGAGAGGGGGCGAGCGAUGGUGUGAGUGACUGGCAACAGCCGCCGCGUCUUAUUGACAUUAAAACCGCUGCUGCUGCUGACGCCGCCGCUGCCGCUGCCGUCGCCAGUCGACUUCACAUAUAAUCGCUCGCUCGAGUCCUUCCCCAUACCAUCGCAUCCCUACCAUUCUUCCUGGCUCGUUCUUCCUCUUUUAUUUUUAAGUAACACCCGGCGCAGAUGCUAAACAAGACGCCAGGAAUUAAAGUGCAAAGGUGUGUGCUGCAACAACAACCACGACGACAACAACAGCGUCCUCGAAAGAAGGACGAUACUUUGGCGUUGUACUUAGCAUCAACAGAAGAAUACGACGAAGAAUAAGACAAGGACCGCGAACAAUGUGGGCAAGGAUCUAAGCAGAUAAGUACAUAUACAUAUAUACCAACUGUUCCGAGCGUGCACAUGGUGCGGAUUUAAUCACGCACACACGUUGGCAUUCAUGAAAGAAUAUCGGAUAUGUAUAGAGUAUCAAAAGGAACCGCUGCGCAAGAUGGAAAAUAGAUUUGAUCGCUGAUCAAGAAAAAUUAGUGAUACCCAUCAUUGCCGAACUUGAAAGUAAAUUACGAAUUAUGUAAAAACAUGGGGCAUACAAUUUAAGAUCUCUUAGAAAUCAUUCAACAUUAGCUAAAACGCUAAAAAAAAAAAAAAAAAAACAGCCAAUUAUCUUCUCGAGAUACUAUAAUAUCUUUACGAUGCAUUCAUAUCUACUGAUUCAAGCACUUCUUUGUUUCGAAAGUUAUUUAUAAGAACUGUGAUCUAAGGAAGGAAACUUGUGAAAACUUGUUGAUAUUGUUCCAUCGCAUAUUAGGAGCUCACGAAUUUGGUCUGUGGUUUUAAUAUCCAAUGUAUUUCCAAAACCAUAAUUGCAGUGGAAAAAUCCAAAUGUCGAAACAUUGAAAAGGGGCAACAUUUUAAUUGUAAGUAAAAUUUAAUACAGUUUGUCAAGCAUUUGCUUGAAAACCCGAAAAUAUACUAUACAUUUUGUUUAAGUUCAAUGGCAAUAAAUACAAUAAAUUUAUAACUGUUCCAAAGCUAAACAAAAAAUGGAUAAAAAAUUUGACAAACUGUAUGUACUACUACAUUAUUGCCGAGCAAAAUAACAACAAGAUAAAGCUGGCUUGUUGUCAACAACUAUCAGUCUAAAAAAUGAAAAUAAAAACAAACAGAAACGCAAAAAAUUGCCGAAUGGAAAUUUUGUGGCACGCAAACUUGUUGCUCCAUCCGUGUGUAAGUGUGAUGUGUAUGCUUGUGUGUGUGAGCCAGUCUAUGAGCGCGCGUGUGUGAGUGCGAGGAGAAGCUUACUUUGCGAUGUUUAAAUAAUAAAUGAUUUAUUUAUUUUUCGGUUUGUUUUUGUUUUGAUUUCCACCAGGCUGAUGCAUUUUGCUGCCCACUUUUGCGAAAAAACGCCGAACUAAUCGCUUUCAUUAUAUGUAUUUAUUAUUAUUUUUUGUUGCUUUUUGCAUGUCACCAACAGAAACAGAAAAAAAAAAAAACGAAACACACUGAAAAACGCGCGCGUACACUUGUAUGUGAAUGUGUGCUGGUAUUGGCGCGCGUGUGAGUGUGUGCGAAUUUGCAAGAGACGGGGCGUAUGAGCAAUGCCGUGGCGAAAACUUUGCCACUUUUGUUGUCUGCGACGAAAGCAAAAACAGCGAGACACCGUAAAAAAAGACAAGUAAUAUAAACACAGCUUUACAUGCGCAGUUUUUGUUGUUGUUUUUAUCCGGCUGCUGUGGCGUUGCACUGCGUAUUACUGUUUUUUCCUCUCUUUUUUUUUUCUUUACUUUUUAGAGCGUCCGCGUUGCGGCGACGCGUUGUACGCGGUUCGAAAGGUAGCACAGCACUGCCGCUCUGCCGCCAAUUCGAUCAGCUGAGCGCCAGCCGAGAGCGAGCCGAAGAGUGCCGAACGACGCAACGCGCUCUCCGCCCUACCACUACCACUGCACUACCACUCAGUAGCUAUGCGCUGGUGUGCUGUAAACGCUUUUACAUUCCGCGCCCGAAUUUUUCGUGCUUUUCCCGUGUUUUCCCUGUGGGCCAUCGUUUCGCUGCUGCUCGGUCUCGGUUUGGGCCAACACUUGUCGCCUCUGGGCCAUUAUGCAACGACAGCGAAACGAAGGGGCUCACGGGGCUCGCGAAGUGGCCAAGCUGCUAUCUGAUUGGUCGGUGGUCAGCGCCACGAGGCCACCCGAAGCGCGCUCUCUCUCGCGAGAAGUCGAUAGCUCUCUCCGUCGCUCUUUUGGGAGAAAUGCGAUAGAAUAGAAAAGCCAAAACACUAGAACAAUCCAGAAGCCAAGUUUUCCGACUUGCACACACGCCGUAUUAUCUGCAUUUUUCGCCAACUCUAAUCUCUAGUUUAACAGUUUAAUAUUACGUUUUGGCCCUAUAAAUGUAUAAAAUAAUGUUAUUUUCUUUUAGUGUGUGUAUUAUAUGUACUUUAGUCAAAGAACUAAGAACAAGUACCGGUUAAACAUUUUUGGGUAUGGAAAAGCGACCGCAUGUGAGCGAAAAGAAUGUUUUGGUAUUGAAGGCGUGAGAUUGGGCGGAGUGACCAAAACAUUGCCGAGGGAGCCAUCAGCCAUCAGCAUCCCAUCCCCAUUCACAUUCACAUCAUCGUCAGCGUCGAGAGCUCUUUUGAUCGAAAUGAAUUUGAAUUGAGUGCGAUUCGCAGCAGAAUCAAAAAGGCGAAGAUAAAGAGAUUUCAGAGCAAUUGAACAACUAAUGAAUGCUAUUCCAAUCCAAAAACCAGUGCAAAUUGCUUUGCACUCUGGCGCACUCCUAGUUAAAGUAGAAGUAAAUAUUUUAAAGAACUGCACGAUAGUUCUUUGGCAUUAUUACGAUUAUAAAUAAACUGAUUUACUGAUAAGAAUCGUAAAUUCAGCUCAUUAUAGUCUCAACGCACUUAGGGACCACUUUGUAUUGCCACGCUUCGGUUGAAGGUUUUUUUUGACUUGCUUUCUAUUUUCUCUAGUUGAUAAGGAUAAAAGUGGGUUAUAGUCGAAUUAUAGCUCUACCCAACAAAAAAAAAUAGUAACAAAUACAAGGCAGAGAACCAAAUAUUUUUAAUAAAUAAUAAUAGUUCCAAAUAACAAAGAUAUUGUUUGAAAUGUCCCAUGAGUAUCCCAACAAUGUUUCCAAUACAAUUGCUUUAAGCUACAGCCAUUUGUGCAGCAAAUAGGGUAUCUUUAAGUCGGGAACGAGUCGACUAUAUCGUUCUUUGUUGCUUAUAAAGAAACUGUUUGCCGUGGUUUUUGCACAAACACUUACAAACCCAGCUGAUAAGAUAGUCGAGAGUCCGUAGAAAUGCCAAAACGACAACUAUACGAAAUACGAAAGUUCGGGCAGAAGGAAAUGAGGAGCGGAUGGGAUCGAAUUCAGCGCGUGCCCAAAUGUCCCGUUAAUGAAUACAUUUGUGUGUGUCGCGGUAUAUUCGUUUCUCUGAGUUCUGGAUUUUAAAGUGACCACAGUGAGUCAUGCGAAUGAAUAAAUCACAGCGGGACUCGCUUCAAAUUUCAUCAUAGAAUGGAAUAUAUUGCACCCGUCAAAGUAUUUACAUAUGUAUAUACAUUUAUGUGCAUUUUAGAUCUUGAUUCGUUAAAAUGUCGAGAUCUUUACAGAGACGACUUUAAAAGCAGCUGGCUUAGUAUUCGUAUUCUAUAAGCAAGGUCAAGUUCAAAUAUAUGUAUGUGUAUGUACUUGUUUUUUUUUUUACUUCAAUUCUGUAUUCUGUUGAAACAUUUUGCGUUUGGUAUAUUAUAUGUUCCUUUUCAAACUUAACAAGAUCAUCUGUAUAUUGGAGUAGAUUUGCCCUAUUAAGGGCAGGCAAUCCAAGCCGGACGCAUCGGAGAAAGUUUUUUUGGGAGGAAAAAGAGCGCUUGGCUCAAUUUCGAAGAUUGGAGCGAAGAGAGUGACUGAAACGGCGCCGAAGAAAUGGCGAGAGAUGGAGUGAAAGGGAUGGCUUGUGCGGGCCAAUGUCUAAUUUUCUUUAUUUCCCAAUGCAUUUGUGUUUGUUGAUGCGCCAAACCUAUCAAGCUCUUGACCAUUCAUUGUUGGCAAACUUGUUUGACGCCAAACACCACUCUCCCCACUCUCCACACCCCCCCUCCAUACUUUCUCCCGCCGCUCUUUCCCCGGCGAUAAUUUGGCUCUUUCUGCAGCCGAAAGAGCCCGGUAAUUGAGAGUGGCUAAGUGGGAUACCUUUCGACUUUUGCGGAGCGCGAGAUUUUUUUUUUGGCACUCCAAAGAGCCGGACGCGAUGGACUUUCGGAACGGAAAUGAAAACGGACACACAUGAGGGCCAACAACACUGAGCGAUAAGAUAGAGCGUGGCGAUCGUACACUGAAGGAAUACAUACAUACAUAUGUGCACAUGUGUGUUAUCUCUAUCUAAGCUGUAAGGGACCAUUAGAUGGUAUACUUUAGCAGCUUCGCUUCAUUUGAAUAUAGAAUUCUUCUUUUGCCUUCGGAGCUUGGGUAAACUCUUGUCACAUCUCAAUUAGGAUAAUUUCAACGUGUUUUCGCAAUUAACACCUGGAAGUGAUAAUAAUUAACUCUUUCCACACAUAUAUUUCCGUGGAGAAAACAGCGUUUGAUUGUUUAAAUUAUUUAAAGUAUUUAUUCAAUAACUGAAUACAAAACCAAUCCUUUUAGACUGUAUAUUUCCCAACAUGUUUCAUGGGAUAAUAUCUAUCUAUCUGUUAAGAACGACAAUUUGAAGUAAAUUUCCCUGAAAUUCGGCAGUUAUUGAACAUUGAAUUUCUGCGACUAUGGCAUCUAAAUACUAUUCUAAUUUGUAGCAUUUUUUUUCGAGUGUCUAGGUGGGAAGUAAACUGCGGCGGGGGAAUAAUGAAGUCAAAACGGUCACGCUUACCCGCACAUUGAUGGAAAAUUAUAAUGAGCGGCGAGAAGAAGCAGCAGCAGGCGGCAGUUGAACAGUUGAGCAGUUGAACAGUUGAACAGUUGAGCCGUCGAGGAAAACGAUGGAAAAAAGAGCAGCAGAUGAUGGGGCAACCACGACGGACGUGAGAACGGAACGAACCGGCGAGAAACCCCCGUCCACACAGGAACGGAAAACGAGGCGUCCAGCGAAAGAAACUUGAAAACUUUUGAAAACCUCGUACCUCGAAUCGCCCAACCAUGCAAAUGAGACCGAAAGCGGCCGGCGAUCGAGGGAUUUUCAUUUCCAUUCUGGGGUUCUUGAGGUUGCGAAUGGAACGCAGCGCUGGAGGAGCGGUGAUAAUGCAGCCCGCCGACAGCUCACAUCCAUUAGUCCAUCCAUCGAUGUCGGAAAUAUAUAACCUAAUAACCCCGAGCACGUUUGUGCAUAUCAACGAGAUAUGAAUGGAUGUUAUACGCUCACUGGGUAUUAUGACUUUGGAAUUAUUUUAUGAUUUUAAAUUAGUUCUUUUGAACUGUCUAAACUGCCUACACAUUCUAUUUAUUGACAUGGUUAGCCGGUACACUUUCUAAUAUUUAUACUAAGUGCUGAAAAAAGAAAAGAAAGAAAUCAUAAAGCCAAAGUAGCCACUCUAAGGCAAUAGGUUAAGAUUCAAUAGCAUGGUGAGUUAAGUAAAUAUAGAUGUUCGCGACCAGCCCCAUUCAAUAACGACUUCCUAGAACAGCCACUGGUAUAUGCCCCCCUUGCUGACCAAAGCCCAUAAUUUGCAUGUUUAAGUUGAGCCUGCCACCAGCACUUUCAUCAUCACCACCACCAUCACCCUCACCCUCACCAUCAUCAUCAUCAUCACCAUCACCAUCAUCAUCAGCAGCAUAAGCAUCGUAAAAGGCGUUAUCAUUACCACACUACAACUCAUCAACAUCCACAUCAGACAAUCAUAUAUGUAUGUACAUAUGUACAUCCAUAUGUAUGUAUGUUCGCAUGGAUGUGAAGCCGAAGGGUUUUUCGUCCGAUGAGAGGCAGCUGCUUCUGAUUCUGACCAGUUGAGUUGACCACUCGACAACCUUGACACAAAUGAAUGCGAAAAUCGAAGGACGAGCACGGCGUGCAGGGCGAGGCGGCCAACUGCAACUGGUUCGCAGGGGGCGUGGCCGUCAUAACAACAACAUUACCCAACAACUAGCCAGCCAGCCAGCCAGCCAGCAAGUUUGGCGAGAGCUACGCUACCUGGGCCGAACUCAUUUGCCUAAUAGAACAAUUAUCGAUGCCUGCGGCACGUGGGAUGGCUAUGCGAUGGAAAUGGUCCCGCACCAUGGUCCUUUCGGCCUGGACUUCGGCACUUCGGUAACCAGGAGCGCAGGAGCGCAGGAGGACACUAACUGGGUGUUGCGCAGCUAUUACGAUGAUUGUGUCCAUGAUAGUGACGAUAAUUACUCUAACGACGUCAACAAUAAUGGCCACAAGUGGGCCUCCUGCUCAAAUACCUUGUCGAUUAAACGGAAGCCUUCAAUUACAUAUUCUAUGGCAGAGCUGAGUGAUAUUAUAUGUAUGUACACAAACACGUUGGCUGUAAUUUGUAAAAUACCUUAAAUACCUAUACCUUGAACACUUAAUAAGUUUGUAAGCUCAUUGUGACACUUACACCUAAUAAGUGUAUAAGUGAAUUGAAGUCUUAUAGUGGGAAGAAAUAAUAGUAAAGGAAGCUAAAAUUUGUUAGAAUAUGGUUGUCCAAUCGGAAAUGACACGAAAAUAAACGUCUUAACUACUGUCUGCAAUUAACUGAAAGACUAGUCUUAGAACGGAAGGAUAAACGGACGGACAUACGGACAAACAUUUGAAAUCCUAGAGCGGAAUUAUCACGCUAUUUAAAGAUAAUUAAUAUCAAUAAACAACAACAAAAUUAUAUUUUACUAUAUAUGCUGAAGUUCAGUGUUUAGUUUGUCAUUCAUUUACAUCCACGAUACACAAGCUAUUAAAAGCGAAGAGACCGCCCACUUUCUUGCCCAACCGCUCCAUGUGACAUCCACAUGUGUUCCCUGCUCCUUGACCUUCUCCGUCCGCUUGCAAAUCAACUUUGGCGCAGAACAAGACAAUGAACGCCGUAAUGAAUAAACAGAGGCGUCGCGGAGGGGCGUUCGCAAGUGCAAAAGCGCAUUUAACGGCUUUUGCUGGCAAAGGAAAUGCAAAUAAGCGGCAAGGACGCGAACAAAGAAAAGGGGGGAGCGACUGCUGGAAAUACAAAAAAAAAAAAAUCUACGGAGAAGGCCAUCCAGUGAACUAUGUGUUUUAAAAAUGUCAAGGCUCCUUUUUUGGGGGUGGGGUGGUGGUGAAGGAAGGGCAGGAGCAAAGGAAGAGCACAAUUUCUGGCAACCCUUUUGGCCAACCAGCCAAAUCCAUAAGCCAGCGAGCGCUCAAGGGCAAUUCGGUUAACAAAACAAUGGCCACGACGGCGAAUCCGCCGACGACAAUGUUGGCAAUAUGCAAUCCUUUGUACGACGGUAAAAUUGAAAAUUGCUGGGGUUGGCGUUUACACUUGAUUCCACUCGCAAAAACAGUCCAGUUAGCUAAUGGCAAAUAAUAAGCAAAAUUAUCGAUUACUUGAGGUGUACCCAUCGAUAAUAAUAAUAGUGGUAGUAUUUGGAAUGCACCUCGCAAUGGUAAAUGUAUUCAACUUAACAAAAUGCACUUAUGAUACUUGUUGAUAUACAUUAAAAAGAAACAUGUAUUUGUCGCCAAUUGAAUAAUGUCAAUUUGCGCAAGCUAUCGAAGUCAUCGAUAAUAUCGAUACUUUAAUCGGUGCUUUUGUUUAUUUUUAUUUCAUAUUUUUAAAAACACUGCAAGCUAUAUAGUUCUUUUAAGAUUCUCAAUUAUGUUUUCAGAAGUGUAGUUGGGUAACAAAUUCGUUUUCCUAUAGGUGCGAGGGUAUUAAAAACUUUGGCUUGCUUAAGUUAACGUUGGUUCUGGUUUGUUGUUCCUUGGGAACAACAAUUUAAUUAGAAUUAAAAACUUUUCCUCUGCAGGUUGGAGGCACUGACCUUCAACUUUCUUAAGCGCGAAAAACUGUUUGACAAAUACCAGCCAUCCCUUAGCAAGAUUUUGGCAGAAUGGUUAUUGUCAACGCACCUGCCUCGCUUUCCAUUGCGAAUUUCCGAGCACUGGUCGCAUUUUCCAUUUUCCAGAAGACCUCGACAAUUGUCCACCCCACUACGAAUGCCACUUGCACACCCUUGAUGACAUUGAUUUGUCAUCAGAGCAGCAUAAAAGCAUUAGCAUAAACGCAAGUAUAAUCUGACUGCCGCUAAACGCUUUUGCACGCCAAUCAUUUUUGUGGCCGGCAGCAUUUUCCUGCCUCCCACUGCCACGCCUCCCGUUUUCCAUCGUUUUGUUUGGCUGCUAUUAAUGCUAUUGUUGAUUUUGUUCACUUUGUGGCUUUGCGUGUCAAAUCAGAUUUGGAAUUUCAAUUGCUGCUGCUUUUGCCAGCAGAGCUUCGGGCAAAUUUUCCCCCUUUUCCGUUCCCUAAUUUCUUUUUCCUCUUUGUUUUUUUUUUUUAUUGCGCACUUGUACUUUUCACUUGUGUGUGUGUGUGUGUGUGUGUGCCUUCACUGGGAAACUCACCGGCCAAAGAGCUGUGUUGCGUGAUGUGCCGAUGCUAAUCAAGGGAAACAGGGACAAUUAUGUUGGCAACACUCGCAAAUGGCCUGCUAAUUUGCCCAAUGCUCCAGGAACUUCAGGCUUGCUUUUCCUCAUGCCAUGAAUCAGGUACUACAGGUUUUAUAUUGAAUAAUAAAAUAUGAUUAAAAUUUCACAAUGAAUGUAUUUAAAGUGCAGCAAAGAGUAUAACAAUGCAGUUUUGCAACAAUAAAAGAUUCUAAAGGUAACUAAACUGUUCUUGAAUGUCUGACAAUUGAAAAGAUACAUUUCAAUUCAAACUGUGUACAUUCCCAAUGCAUUUAUGCAGAGAACUCCAUUAUACCGUUUUCACCAUUAAGUACUGAUUGAGUGUAAAAUGAUUGCUGAAUAAAAUGUAUUUAACGUGCUUAUGCUCUUUCAUCGAAAAUGAGAUAAUGAGCACAAUGACGAAUGAAAUUACCACAAUUAUUACAUUAAAGGGAUACAAAAUUUCAUCGUUGCAGUUCUCUCUACAAGACUGCCACUCAUAAUUAAAAAACCUCUUUGAGGCUGCGCUGCAUAACCAAAUAUUUCAGGACAACAGACUUGAAAGGCUUAAAUACCUGGCACAGAGAAUCAAACAGGUGGUGGGGAGGGGGUUUCGGGUGUUUGCUGAAGGGGUAAGGAAAAGGGAAAGGGGCAGGGGCAGGGGCAGGAGCAGGGAAAGCAACAGUUCAGGGGUAAACACCGGCCAGAAAAUUGAAAUGUGCGUGUGCAGUGGAAUUGCGUUCGAGUCACAACCACAAACCCCUGGCCAAACCACCCAAACAACCCAAGGGGUACUAAUUGUGGGUGGGCUUACUGACGUCCGUUGCAGUGGGUGGAGGUGGUUCAAAGGUCACCAAUUCGGUUGCCACCAAACCAUGCGGUUCGCCCAGCCAAGCGAGGCCAAUAUUAUCAUCCAUGUUCCACAGGAUCUGACACAUCGAUGACAGAAUCCUGUGGCGAACGGAAGUGAAUGGUUGUGGGUCGUUGUGGGUUGGUGACUGUGGGUGGUGGUGGUUGGUGUUGUUGGGUGGUGGUGUACGGAUGCAAAUUCAAUUUCGUUGCUUGGCCUUGUACUGGAUAUUGAAUGCCAUCUGAUUGCUGCGGUUUGUCGUGGCGAACUGCGAUUCAAUUCUAUUCAAUUCGAUUCAGAUUGCCAUCGAUGCAUGCCUUUGCGUGCAUUCAUCGCCUAAGCGGAAUAGUCCGCUGUGAUUAGUUAUGCAUCCCCACUCACACCUGCCUAAUGCCCACCUGGAAUUGGUUGGUGCAACAGCUUCGAUGACAAAUAAUCCAUUUCACCAGUGCAUUUUAUUGGCGAACGUCGUGCUGUUGACUCACAGAACUUAAUGAGUAACGCCCUUUGCGGUCAGUUUGUUUCGCGUUUGCAAUACACAGGUGACGAAACUACAACCCUUUAAAGUCGAAUAAAUAUCAGGAUUAGCUAAACAUCGGCUAUUGCAAGCGUUAUGAAUAAAUAGUUUUUGGGUAAGCAGUAUAAUGGCAAAAUUGAAGUUUCCCUCGGUGCAUAGAGAAUGGGCGACUUAGGAGCACCGUUAAGCGAUGACGACGAACACAGAAGCAACAAGAACCAAAAGCAGAGCCAUGAAGAAGAUGAAGCUGCCAAAGUUGCAGGCAAAGCAGACGACGACAACAACAAGAGCAAAAACAACAUCUCAACUGACUGCCAACGACAUCCAAUAUAAAAAAGCAAGACAGCGCAGCGGCAGCGGGAAAACUGCUCAGGAAAAUUCUUAUAAGAAAUUAGCAAAAACGAUGACGACAGCAGCAGCGAUGCGAUUUUGCCGUUAGCUUUUCCCCCUUUCAGCUCUUUCAGUUGGGUGAAAUGAAUUGCUGAAGAACAGGACGGAGAGCGAAAGAGAGGAAACUGGACCAGCGAGAGCGGAGAAGAGAGCGCGAGAGAGAAGACAAGGCGCGACUUGCAGCGCGGCGGCAGUGGCAGCAGCAACAACAACCAACUCAAAAGCAACAAGAGCAGAAGCAGCAGCCAAAGGCGAAAGACAAUUGCAGCACAACCGACAACCGAGCCAGGCGACAAAAGUGGCGUCAAUCAUCUCACAAUAUCCGAAUUCUGAAAUCAUGCACGCCGAAACUCAAGAAUAACAGAUUUCUAAAAAUGUAAAACAUGAACAAUAAGAAUAAAUUAUAAAAAACUUAAAAACGGGAAUAAAGAAGACUAUAUUCGGAAAAA